GGAAGCUCUGGAGGUGGAGCUGUCGCUGUUCCCCGAUCCUAUAUAUUCAUCUGAUGCAGCAGAGCCCUGUUCUUCAUGGAGAUCUUCAAACAACCUCCUCCAACGCGAAUAAACGGUUCUGGACUGAAAUAAUCAGACAGUCUUUGAGAUUCUAAGUGGUGAACAGAUUCAUCACAGACAACUCCUUCUCUAAACAAGUUAAAGAUGCCCUACACACCAUCACAGUGACUCCAAGAAAAGACAACAUUCCCAUUCAAUUCCUCAAGAUGAACACUUCAGAGACAACCACUCUUCCCUUCUGGACCAUCCAUGUUAAUUCUAGUUCUGUUUCGUACCUCCUCAAUGCUACCGAGACCCCAUCCCAUGCCAAGCCGAAAGCAUGCGAGCAGCUCAACAUCGCCACUGAGGUGUUCCUCAUCCUUGGCAUCGUCAGUCUACUGGAAAACAUCCUGGUUAUCUGUGCCAUAGUGAAAAACAAAAACCUACACUCGCCCAUGUAUUUCUUCGUCUGCAGCCUGGCCGUGGCCGACAUGCUGGUGAGCGUCUCCAACGCAUGGGAGACCAUAGUCAUCUACUUGCUCACUAACCGGCAGUUGGUGGUGGAGGACCAUUUCAUCCGACAGAUGGACAAUGUGUUUGACUCUAUGAUCUGCAUCUCUGUGGUAGCAUCAAUGUGUAGUCUUCUAGCUAUUGCCGUUGAUCGCUACGUCACGAUUUUCUACGCUUUACGAUACCACAACAUCAUGACGGUUCGCCGGGCCGCGCUCAUCAUCGGGGGGAUUUGGACCUUCUGCACCGGCUGUGGAAUCGUCUUCAUAAUCUAUUCUGACAACACAUCCGUCAUCGUGUGCUUGGUCUCCAUGUUCUUCAUCAUGCUAGCACUCAUGGCCUCCCUCUAUAGCCACAUGUUCAUGCUGGCGCGUUCUCAUGUCAAACGCAUUGCCGCCCUGCCCGGCUACAACUCCAUCCACCAGAGAGCCAGCAUGAAGGCGGCCGUCACACUGACCAUCCUUCUCGGGAUCUUCAUCGUCUGCUGGGCUCCAUUCUUUCUCCACCUCAUCCUUAUGAUCUCCUGCCCCAGAAACCUCUACUGCAUGUGCUUCAUGUCUCACUUCAACAUGUACCUCAUCCUCAUUAUGUGCAACUCUGUCAUCGACCCACUCAUUUAUGCUUUCAGGAGUCAGGAAAUGCGAAAAACGCUUAAGGAAAUCAUCUGCUGCUAUAGCCUGAGGAACAUCUUUGGAAUGUCAAGGUAGCGUCAAACCAAAAAAAUGAUUGAAUGAUGGAUUCUCUUUUCACAAUAUUUCAAUUUAUAAAGUCUGAGAGCAGAAUGCCACAACCCUCUCUUGAUCUAGAUGGAAAAUAUGAUUUUUGUGAUGAUGUAUACUAUCUACUUACUCCUCAUCCUCUAUCAUGCAAACUAUCUCAAAAAAGAAGCUGGACAAUUAAUUAACUCUUCAGGGCACAAAGAUGCAAAAUAGAAUGUCUAAUGAGGUAAUUGUUUAUAUUAGAAAUAUAUGUAGAUGUUGUAAUGUUGGAGAAUUAAGGAGGCCUUAGUACUAUGGAACAAUAUAAUCCUCGAUGAACAAUGUGAUUGAAUACAGUCUCCAGGGACACAGAGGAGCUGUUGAUCAAAGCCAAUGGGAAAAACAAGUGCAAUCAUUUGUCAAAUUAACCAUGCAAACAAGAUAUUAAUGUUGUAUAGAUAAAAUUACAAUGUAAUAUAGCAUGCAGUUUAUAUUGUUGCAUGUGCUUUGUGGUUGGCAGUGAAAGUGAGAAAGAACGAGCCACUCUAUUGAUUCCCAAAGUGAAAUAAAAUAAUAAAAAACAGCAGCAGACUGCAAUUUUUAAAAAAACAUGGCGCAAUUUAUACACACAUUACAAGACAGAACAUAAAGUAUAAUAUGCACUGAAAUAAAAGAAUGGAACCAGACGGACUGUGACAAAAAUGGGUUCACUGUCAUGCUGUUCGUAAAAUGUCUACUUAAGGUUUCAAGGACUAAGAGGAUGACAGAAUUUCAGGUAUCAUGUCGCUAUCAAUUUUUUCAGAGACUUUAUAGGCAUCAGGAGUUUUGUAAUAGUUGAAAAUGAAUAGAAAUGCUUCUUCACAUAUGUGUGUACAUCUAUAGCUGCAAAAACAAAAUCCAAAAAAUAUGUUAUGACUUAUACUGUAUAUUAACUCAUACAAUAAAACAACAGAGAAAAUAAGUUCUACCUAAUUAUACUGUGCAACUUCUGAAAAUAAAAAUCUUAAAUAUUUAUUGUCCUCACAAUUACAAGCAUUCGUGGAUAUGUUUAUAUAUUAUUGUAGUAAGCACGAACAUGUACUUGAAUUUGGGGGUCUGCAGUUAUUCUCGUUUGAAGUAUUUACUACUGACCCUUUAAAUGUAAUGACAUUAAAUUCUAUGGCUUUUUUAUUUCUUGUAUUUGCUAUAAAAUUUCAGGGUGAGAAUCAAUGUUCCUGUUGUUUGUCAUUAUGCUGCUUACUGUCUAUAGUCACUGAACAAGUAAAUCUGUUUGGGGGGGGGGGGGUAUUUUUAAUAAUAAAUUCCUAAAUCGAUUUUGAAACAUGAAACAAAUAACGAAACAGCAAAAAUGUUUAAUGUAAUAUACAAAAAUAUGAAAAUUCAAUAAAUAAAAACAACAAAAUUCAUCCUAAUAAAAUGCGACAACUUCAUUUGUUACUUAUCAGAAAUAUUACAAUUUCAGUUUGGAUAGAAUUACAAUAAUAAAAAAAUAUCUCUAUUUAAAUGAACUAGUGUAAUAGGUCUAUCCAUGUUUGCUUAUCCAGUGGCUUACAUUAGAAGUAUGUAAUCUAAAUGUAAAUCUGUUCAUGCUAAAUUCUAUGAAGUGUUAUAGUAGGAUUCUGGUGGUAGGCUAGCAGAUAUUGUCUUGUAUUGACUUCUGAUUGAGUCAGAAUUUAAAAGUGUAAGUAGGUAAUUGCUCAGACUGUGUAAAUAUGUUCAGUUAGGUUGUUUGUCAGCUUGAUUUUUGCCAUUUUAUUACUCCCUUCUCUUCACUUUGGUUCAAAGUGGUUCAGUUCAUUUCAGUUCUAAUCACCAAGUAUAAUGUCAACCCUCUUUACAUGGGCUCAUGAUGGUAAUAAUAGAAUGUGCCUUCAAUGUGUUUUGUGCUGUCAAAAUGAUCUGGAGGUUGUCUGAUCUGUCCUCCCGGUCUCUCUGUGGUACAUUAACUGCUCAAGUGCUCAGGUUUGCUGGCUCUCCAUGAAGAAUCAUUGACAAUGUAUCUCUAAAAACCCCUCACUGUUUCAACAGAAAACAACUUGAAUCCCACUCCUCACAAACUAAUCUGCUCUGGAGUGGUUUCACAUACACAGACAAUUAUUAGACAAGUAUCAUUAAAAUUCUAAACAUACAAAGUGGCAAUCAC